UCACAGACAAGGUUUUGAUGCGAAUGCAUUAAGUUACCAAACUUCAUGUACUUGAAAACAAAAUAUAUGAAUUGUGUGCACUGACUAACAAGUAAAACGUGCAGCUUUGACGCUUCACAAGGAUGAGUGGACGACUAACAAUAACAGUGAAUGACAUUUUAAAGGCUAAGAACAGAAUCCACUCGUGUGUUCAUACCACACCUGUGUUCACCAGUUCAACAUUUGAUGAAAGUUAUGGCAGAAAGUUCUAUUUUAAAGCCGAAAAUCUUCAGAAGACCGGGUCGUUCAAAGCCAGGGGGGCACUUAACGCGGUGACGCUGCUAAAAGAGGGCGAGAGUCCGCCCAAGGGCGUGGUAACGCACUCUAGCGGGAACCAUGGGCAGGCACUGGCUUGGGCGGCGAGGAUGCGGGGACUACAAUGUGCCGUGGUGGCCCCUAACAAUAGCCCCAACGUCAAGCUGGAUGCCAUCCGCGAGUACGGUGCCGAUAUCGUCAUCUGUGAUCCAACACCGACCUCCAGACAGGAGACUUGUGAUCGGAUAGGGCGAGAAAGAGGCUUCCAUUUUGUGCCGCCAUAUGAUCAUCCGGAUGUCAUUGCGGGACAGGGGACGUUGGGUGCCGAGUUUCUGGAGCAGAUCCCGGAACUGGACGCCAUCCUGGUUCCCACGAGCGGCGGCGGCAUGGUUUCCGGCAUUGCUAUCGCCGCAAAAGCCCUCAAACCCGAUCUCAAAGUUUUCAUAGUGGAGCCCAAUGGAAAGGAUGUUGAGAAAUGCUUACGGGCAGGUGAGCGCCUGUGGCCGAACCCGCCUCGCUUCCUUGAGACGAUCGCGGACGGCAUCCGACUGCAGCAGCUCGGCCACGUGACCUGGCCUAUUAUCCGAGAACUCGUGCAGAAAGAUGUCUUCUCUGUGACGGAUGAUGAAAUAAUGAAAGGAAUGAGAUUUGCUUUCGAACGAAUGAAGCUGGUGGUCGAGGCGGCGUCGGGUGCUGGUAUCGCUGCGGCCAUGUCUGAGCGGCUGCGGCAGAUGGACGCGGGGCUCCGGCACGUGGGGGUCAUCCUGUGUGGUGGCAACACGGACAUCGACCGCCUGCCUUGGUACCCAACACCAGCACACUCCUGAUCGCUCCUCGGAUUUUGUUGUUACAAUCAUGCUAGGUUUUAUGUGUGAGAGCUUAAUUGGAAGAUGCAAACACGCAACACGUUCCAAUGAUCGAAGUGUUCAAAUGUUUCAUUCUUUUACUUAUUUUGUACAAACUUUAUUUAGAUGGCCUGUUUUCUGAUGAUAACACGCCAGAAAACUUAUCACAGUUUUAAACACGUAUUCAAACAGUAUAAUUAUAUUAGUGUUGAUAUUAUGUGUACUUUUAUUCACAGUUAUUUGAUAUUAAUUAGACAACUAUAUUACUGAUAUUUUAUGUAAUAACUAUGUAUUAAAAUGUUUAAUAAAGAAUCAGGAAACCAACUGUGUUUAAUAAGAACAAAAUUCCGUUCCCAAAUGUUUAAGCAUUAUUAUUCGAGAGGUCUCUUACAUUAAUUUCUACUGCUGCAAGUACCUUAUCUCCUUAUCUCGUUGAUACUUGUGAAUGUAUGCGGAUCUGAUUAUUCAAAGAACUUCAGUCUAUGAAAACGAUGCGCAAUAUGAACAUUGCGUUUUUCUUUACUUGUUUGGUUGGAUUUUUCAUCCGAGGCCAUUAUGGGAUGUACUUUGCCGGUGAGUGCGACAUGAGUAGCCUGAGUACGCGGCAGGCCACCUGUCCUCCGGGCUCCUGCUGUUGUAGCGACCCAUCGGAGCCCACUGUCAACUACUGCAAGCCAGUGAGUGGCGAGGGCGGCCCCUGCUAUGCCAAGGC